AUGAAAAUAAUGGUUAUUUUUUUACUUUCUUUAUUGCUUAUUGUUGGGUUUGUGGCUUUUGCUUCUAAACCAUCUCCUGUGUAUGGGGGUUUAAGUUUAGUGGCGAGUGGGGGUUUGGGGUGUGCAAUUGUUGUUAGUUUGGAGAAUACUUUUUUGGGUCUAGUAGUUUUUUUAGUUUAUCUUGGUGGUAUGUUGGUGGUUUUUGGUUAUACUGCUGCUAUAGCUACUGAAGAGUACCCUGAGAGUUGAGUGGGUAACGCGGUGGCUUUUGGUAUGUUGUUGUUUACUUUGUUGGUAGAGUUGAUUUGGUAUUUUGUGUCUGGGGAGGUGGAGAUUGUUACUGCUGUUGAAUUGUUUGAUAGUGUUGGAAGUUUUUGUGUGGGUCGGGAUUAUAGUGGGGUGUCUUUGUUGUAUGGGUGUGGGGGAUGGGCUUUAGUGUUGUUAGGUUGGAUUUUGUUUAUUACGAUUUAUAUUGUUUUAGAAGUUGUCCGUGGUCGUGAUUAG